AUGGCCCCCGCCAACUCCUCCCGCAACUUCUCGGCGCCGGAGGGUCGGAACGGCUCAGUAGCAGAGAAGCCAGCACCAUACACCAAUGUGAUCAUGCCCAGUCUCUUCAGCAUCAUCUGCUUCCUGGGCAUUGUGGGGAACCUCAUUGUCAUCUACACUAUCAUCAAGAAGAAAAAGCUGAGAUGCAAACAGACUGUGCCUGACAUUUUCAUCUUCAGUCUCUCCAUUGUGGACCUUCUUUUCCUCUUGGGCAUGCCCUUCCUCAUCCACCAGCUCCUAGGCAAUGGCUCAUGGUACUUUGGAGCUCCUCUGUGCACCAUCAUCACCGCCCUGGACACAAACAGCCAGAUCACCAGCACCAACAUCCUUACAGUGAUGACACUGGACCGUUACCUGGCGACUGUCUAUCCUCUAAAAUCCACCUAUGUCCGGACCCCCUGUGUUGCAGGUCUAGUUAUCUGCCUGGUGUGGCUCCUCUCCUUCCUGACCAUCAUUCCUGUGUGGAUGUACGCAGGUCUUAUGCCUCUGGAGGAUGGGACUGUCCGCUGUGCUCUCUUACUUCCCAAUCCAGAGACUGAUAUCUACUGGUUCACCCUCUAUCAGUUCAUGUUGGCAUUUGCUGUGCCAUUGAUUGUGAUCUGUGUGGUCUAUUUUAAGAUUCUCCAGCAUAUGGCCACCACUGUGGUUCCACUGCCCCAAAGGAGCCUCCAGCUACGUACGAAGAAGGUCACUCGCAUGGCAGUUGCCAUCUGCUCUGCCUUUUUCAUUUGUUGGGCUCCCUUCUACAUCCUCCAGCUGGUUCACCUCGGCAUCGACACACCAUCCAUGGCCUUCUUUUAUGCCUACAACUUUGCCAUUAGCUUGGGCUAUGCCAACAGUUGCCUCAACCCCUUCCUCUACAUCGCCCUCAGUGAGACCUUCAAGCGCCAGUUCUUAGUGGCCAUCCGUCCCGCAAAAGAGCCCUGUCGCAACAGCAGCUCUGUCAACAACAACAGCAUGACAGAGGCCAGUGUAUGUCUGAAACUAGCACCAGAAUCCACCCAGCAGACUCAGUUUCUGGAGGACUUUUCCCCACGUUCACUGCCUGUGACUGUGGCUGUUCACUAG